GUUUAGUAGUUGCUUAGUAACAGAUUAUAUUGUGUCGUAGCAUAAAGCGCACUGCAGACUUCAUGCACACAAAAUGAACAAACUGCGUGAAAGACUCUGAGGCAAGGGUAUGAAGUCGGGUUAUAAAAUCGAUGCUCCAAAGAAACACAGCCAAGAAAAGGUGUUUCGUGCCAUCACGGAUGCCACCCGAGAUGAAGGAGGGAAACCGACUUCACACCAAGAGAGCCUUGCCACUCAGGUGGAGAGGGCUGAGAGACUACUGAAGGGUAGAGCAGAAGGGGGAGACAAGCAGGCCCUUUUCCUGCUGGGACAGCUGUACUAUUAUGAGGGGCGCUAUGAGGAGGCAGAGAGAGUCUUUGACGGCCUUAAGGACAGCGAUCCCAGAGCCCUCUUCCAGCUAGCUGUCAUGUAUUAUGAUGGCCUGGGCACUGCUAUGGAUCAAGCAAGGGCAGUGGACUACAUGAGGGGAGUUGUCCAGUGGAAUAACCCAGAGGCAGGCUCCAUCAGAUACACUGCUCUGUAUCACAUUGGCAUAGCCUACCUGGAGGGCUAUGGGGUCCAGAAAUCCAAUACAGAAGCAGAAAGUUACUGGCUCCUUGCUGCUGAUGAGGGAAACCCCAGAGCCUGUGUAAAAGCUCAGAGUUCUCUGGGUAUGUUCUACUCUAGACCUGAGACACAGGACCUCAAAAGGGCGUUCUUCUGGCACUCAGAGGCCUGUGGCAAUGGCAGUCUGGAGUCCCAGGGUGCACUGGGGAUCAUGUACUUGUAUGGUCAGGGCAUCCAGCAGGACCCCAAGGCUGCCAUUGAGUGCCUGAAGGAAGCGGCUGAGCGGGGGAAUGUGUACGCCCAGGCCCACCUGGCUGCCUACUACUACCACAGGAAGCUCUACUCCAGAGCAGCAGCCCUUGCCAAAAGGAUUACCAAUUACGAUGACAUUGCUGCCAUCGCCAUGGUCACCGACUGCCUGCCUGAAUACGUAAUUAAGGGUGUGGCCAUUGCUCUUUUCUACUACGCCCGCUGUCUGGAACUGGGAAAGGGGGUUCCUCAGAGCAAGGAGAAGGCCUGGCAAUACUUCACUAAGGCUGCUCGGCUAAACCCAGAAGUGUGCCAGGACCUCCAGAGGGACAUCAUCUUCAGCAGAAUGUAGAGAUCCACCAUCAUGACCUUAGUUAGGGAGUCCAGAUAGCAGUCUCCUCUGUUGCUUUGAGAUGACUUGAGUAAAUAUCAGACCUGAAUGCUGUGUGUUCAGUGUGUGGGUUUGGUAUGGAUAGGAGUAUGGCGAUGGUGUGCCCAGUGUAAGAACUGUUUAAGAACUACAGACUCCACACAUUAGAAUGGUGUUACCGGUACUACUCUGCAUGAACUUGGGGUACUUGAAUUCAGAUACAAAUGUAUAUAAAUUGUAGCAUCCAAAUUCAGAUGGUUUCAAUUUCAUACAAUUCUGAGAAGCUUACAUUGACAAGUGGAUAAAUAACAAACAAAAUAGUUAACAAGUCAUACAUUUUUCUUUUGCAAUUUAUUGCUUAUAAAUGCUCUAAACAAUUUUUGGGUAAAAAUAAAAUCUAUCAAUAAGUCACAAAUAAAAUUGUCACAAUGACUUUACAUGACAUAUUGCACAAUGAAGCCGUUCUACAAUGAACAUAAUGUAACAUUGGUGGGGAAUGUAUUUGAGGUCGGUAUGCAGCUUGUUUCUUCAUUAUAUGAGCACAACACUCAUAAUUUCACAACUAUUCACAUUUUGGAUCCAUAACAAAGUAAUCAAUCAAUAGCCUGGCUUUCUGCAACAGACCUUGGCAGUGGGACUGAUUUGUCAUUUUCAGCUACUGAACAAAACAAAGAAAUGUAAGGUAGUAACAGGAACAGAAGCUUGUCUCCCUAGUUUGAGCACUACAUAAUCAAAUGCAUUCAGAUAAAAGUACUGCAGAACAACAGAAAAGACAUCCAUUCAGUUUAAUCUCAUUGUUUACUGUACCAUGCUGGAACAUUACAGUACCUCUGUGUUGAUGUUACAUUUCUCUUCAUUUCUCAU